CUAAAAAUUGGUUGUGGACCCGUUCAUUUCCAUCAUGAAGUUCUAUCACGAGAAUCAAGACGACGUUUUCAUUUUGGAGCAGCGCUUGGGACACUUUCCUUCGAAUAACAAAUCUCCGUACCAAGAAUUUCCCUGCGAUGAAAAAGUGCAGGAUUACGAGCGCGGCGAAAAUAAUUUCAACCGAGAAGAAAAUCUCGCACUUCGAGGAGAGAGCAGCCGUGCGGGCGGCGGCCAAAACGAUGUUCACGUCAUCGAUUCGGGCGAAGAGGAGCAGUCCGAGGUGUUGGGCUUCAGGCGCAACGUGCUCAAGACGGUCGUGACGUGGCUGCUCAUCGUGGCUACGGCCGGCCUCUUGCGCCUCGUCUUCCACUGGAACCCGCGGUGGAUGUUGUACGCUACCUACACCCGCUGCAACAUGCACGCUGCGACCCGGGUCCUCAUUGUGCCACCUGUCAUACCACUACCACCUGUCAUACCACUACCACCUGUCGCUUGGUGUUGGGGCUUCAGAUGGCACGGCAGUCGCCGCUGCCUGGCAGGCAAGGUGCUGCUGAAGGCGUGGUUGCUGCUGCUGGAGGUGCUAGACGUCAGGCUAGAGCCGGAGUACAGUAUGCUGACUGGCGGGGUGGCCACCGUGGACGGGGAGGCGGUCGCCAACAGAGUGUCGCAGUGUAGGAAUGAUACGGUGCCGGGCGAGACACUGCGCACCAUCCGCGUGCCUAACAGCAAAGGGGUCUUCAAAGAAACGACGCACGUGCGGCUGUUCCGGUGCAAGAAAAACACCUUCCUCUGGGAUGAUGAAGAAAAGGUCUUCUAUAAAUUGCCUGAGCUGGGUGCUGGCCACCCCACGAGCUACCUGCACUCGUGCACAGGCUUGUCGUGGCAGGAACAAGCUCGUCGCAGGAUCGUGUACGGCCCUAACAACAUCCACGUGCCUAUUACCCCCAUUGCCAAACUGCUCUUCAAAGAAGCACUCAACCCCUUCUACGUGUUCCAGGUGUUCUCGGUGAUUUUGUGGUUCAGUGACGAUUACGUUUACUACGCUUCGGUGAUCGUGGUCACGUCGGUGAUUUCCCUCAUCUCCGAGGUCUACCAAAUGCACGUCAACCAGAAGACUCUUAGCAAGACUAUACAGAGCAGUGACGUGGUUGAGGUUCUACGCGACAACGGACACUCUGAGUGCAUCCCUUCAGAGCAGCUGGUCCCGGGCGACGUGCUGCUGGUGCCGGCGCAGGGGUGCAUGAUGCAGUGCGACGCGGUGCUGCUGCAGGGCAAUGCAAUCGUCAACGAGUCCAUGCUUACUGGGGAGAGCGUCCCUGUAACCAAGACGCCUAUCAUGGCUCGCUCCAACACUUACUACUCUGAUAAGGAGCACGGAAAGCACACGUUGUACUGUGGUACGCAGGUGAUCCAGACGCGGUUUUACGGAGGAGAGCGGGUACUUGCCGUCGUGGUACGCACUGGCUUCAGUACCAACAAAGGUGCUCUCGUACGGAGCAUCAUGUACCCACCUCCAGUGGACUUUAAGUUCCAGCAAGAUUCCUACAAGUUUGUUAUGGUCUUGGCCUUCAUAGCCUCGUUCGGCUGCAUUUAUACCGUUGUCACCAAAUACAUGCGUGGCAUUGCAGUUCCCAAAAUCAUCGUAGACUCCCUUGACCUCAUCACUAUCGUCAUCCCUCCAGCCCUGCCCAUGGCGAUGACGGUUGGCAUCUUGUACGCCUUGAGGCGCCUUAAAAGCGCGCGUAUUUACUGCAUCUCGCCCCGCACGGUCAACAUAAGCGGCGUGCUUAACUGCUUCUGCUUUGACAAGACGGGUACGCUGACGGAGGACGGCCUUGAUAUGCGGGGCGUGAUCCCGGUGGUUGGCCGCGUCGACAUCCGCGGCAGCGUCCGCAAAAGCAACCGAUCCGCGUCCUCUACCAACACCAGCACACCGCACCAGCAGCACAGCAGACACUUAGCGGACGAGCCUCUCGAGAGUGACCUGAAGAGAGCGUCUGUGCCGGGCCUCUACCUGGGCGCCCUCAACAAGGAGCCCUCGAACAUGCCUCACGACCAUCUCCUCUUUGCCAUGGCGUCCUGUCACUCCAUUACCAUCAUCAACAUGGAAAAGGUGGGAGACCCGCUUGAGCUGCGCAUGUUCGAGAGCACGGGCUGGGAGUUGCACGAGCCUGGCCAGGACGACACCAGCAAGUACGACAUGAUGAUGCCCACCACCGUCCACCCGCCUCGUCCGCCGUCCCUCACCCCUGAUGAGGACGAAACUACUCCGCUCGAGAUCGGAAUAUUGAGGCAGUUUCCCUUCGAGUCGAGUCUGCAGAGGAUGUGUGUAGUCACCAAAAGACUGGGGGACAAACACUGGGAUGUCUACUGCAAGGGAUCUCCCGAGAAAAUCGCCUCGCUCUCUACGCCCGAAUCUGUGCCGUCGAAUUUCAAUGUGGAGCUACGGUCUUACACAGACCAGGGCUACCGCGUGCUGGCUCUGGCUCAUAGACCCGUCAGCAUGGCUUACCACAAAAUUCAGAAGAUUGACCGGGAAGACUUGGAGUGCAAUCUGCAGUUCUUGGGCUUGUUGGUGAUGGAGAACAGACUCAAGCCGGAGACCCAAAGCAUCAUUGAUCAGCUUAAGCAGGCCAACAUCCGCACUAUCAUGGUUACGGGCGACAACCUCCUGACGGCGCUGAGCGUGGCGCGGGAGUGCGGCUUGAUUGCCAGGGAAGACUCGGUGGUGCAGCUGCGUCAGACGGACGACGACAACCUCUGCUACGAGCCCACCACUCCCGUAGAAGUCUCUCGCAAGUUUGAGGACAAGCAGAAUGGGACGGUGACCGUGGACGUGGGGCCGUUGGACGCUGGCCGCCAUGUGGUCGCGGUGGACGGCAAGAGUUGGGCGGCCAUACAGGAGGACGACCAUGAAGACCUCCUGCGUCAGGUACUGGUCAGGGGGGCUGUAUUCGCCCGCAUGAAGCCUGACCAGAAGCAGCAGCUUAUCACUCACCUCCAGGAUCUCGGAUACUAUGUUGGAAUGUGUGGUGACGGAGCCAACGACUGUGGUGCCCUGAAGGCUGCACACGCCGGUAUUUCGUUGUCAGAAGCUGAGGCGUCUGUGGCAUCUCCUUUCACGUCUAAAGACCCGAACAUUUCAUGCGUGCCGACCAUUGUCAAGGAAGGAAGAACUGCACUCGUGACCAGCUUUGGAGUUUUCAAGUACAUGGCCGCGUACUCACUAACUCAGUUCGUGUCCAUCAUGAUUCUCUACUCCAUCGACAGCAACUUGUCAGACUUUCAGUUUCUCUAUAUCGAUCUGUUCCUGAUUACGGUGUUCGCCAUCUUCUUCGGAAGGACCCAUUCCUUCAAGGGAAACCUGCAUCCUACGUCCCCGCCUUCGUCGCUCAUGUCAAUCACGCCCAUCAUGUCGUUGCUUCUUCACUUGGCUUUGGUGAUCGCAGUGCAAACGUUUUGCUUCUUCUACGUUCAAGAGCAAUCAUGGUUCGUGCCGUUCAACUCCACUGCUCUCGAGGAAAAUAUCACUGGGCAGGAAAAUUACGCCGUGUUCUGUGUGUCGCAGUUCCAGUACAUUAUUCUAGCCGUGGUUUUCUCAAGAGGCCCUCCGUACCGACAGCCGCUUUACACCAACCGUUACUUGACCGGGGCACUGGUGAUCAUGACAAUAAGUAGCUUGUACAUUACGCUCUGGCCCCAUGAUGUGUUGGUCAAUUGGCUUGAACUUGUUAUGCCUCCUGCUGAUGAUUCGAGUGCUAUGUUCUUCCGCUACCAGAUAGUGAUCAUCGCAGCAAUUAACUCCUUACUCGCGAUGUUCAUCGAGUACUUCAUCGUAGACUAUCUCAUGUACCAGAAGGUUCGACCUAAAAUGCACAACAUUGAAAAAUCCAAGAAAAAAUUCCUGGCUAUUGAGGCGAACCUGAAAUGCGACAAAACAUGGCCUCCUCUAGAGGUGCCAUUGCGCAAAGUCGCUCCUGAAGAAGGCAACCGCAUCGUACCGCAGCCUAUGGUGCAAUACCAGUCAUCCUUAUGACUAGGCUUCUUAUGCGGUCGCGAAGUACUCAAGCGCUUCGCGUUAUUGCAGCUUCAUUCCUGAUUUUCCAUACUUUUUUAUUCAGUGUAUGUUCUUAAUUCAAUCCCGAGUUCGUGUGUCGUGUGUUACGCAUGUCGAAAUUGCAUCUAAAAGAUAGUGCAGUGUUUUUUUUUUGUUCAAUUUGUCGAAAUUAAAAUUGUUUGGCCUUUUCUAUUAAGAUACCGUUGCAUUGAAAUUUAUCAAGUCAGUAACUCUUUAAUGCAUUUAGGCCUCCAAUGGUUAAGAAACUAUACAUUGCUGGAGCAGAAAAUAUAAACCAAGUUUUGAAAUUCAGUGCAAAAUUAUUUUUUAUUAUUGAGAACUUCCGCAGGAUGUGUGACGCUGUCGU